AAUCCCGAACAGCCCCUCGAAAGAAUUCGAAAUUGAAAUCCGAAUCCUCCCCCUCCCCUCGUUUUCCCCUUCCUUCUUCCCCAGCUCCAUUCUCCGUCUACCCCGAAAAAAAAACCCUAAAUCCCCAGCCGCCACCCUCGCCUCCGGUGACCUCCACCGCAGCCGCAAUGUUCGGGACCCCGACCUCCUCCCCCCUCUUCGGGAACCCCUCUUCCACCCCCGCCUUCGGGACCCCCUCCACCACCCCUGCCUUCGGCACGCCCUCCUCCACCCCUUCGUUCGGCGCUCCGUCGUCCACCCCCGCAUUCGGGACCCCAUCAUCGACGCCCGCAUUCGGCGCGCUUUCCGCCUUUGGGGCCCCGUCAUCGACCCCGGCGUUCAGCGCACUGACCUCGUUGACCCCGGCAUUCGGGACGCCCUCGUCGACACCGGCCUUCGGCGCGUCGCCGUCGCCGUUCGGAUUUCAGCAGCAGACGACGCCGUCACCGUCGCCGUUCGGGCUGGCCGGCGGCGGGCAGAUCACCACCCAGAUGGCCCCCGUCGCGCCGCUGCCUCUCUCGCCCUCCGACCGCGACAUCCAGGCUAUUGUGGAUGCAUACAAGGAGGAUCCCGGGAAUCCCCGCUAUGCUUACAGACAUCUGUUGUUCAGCGUGACAGAGCCUUCGCAAAGGGUGAAGCCAGUUGCGGCAUCUGAUAUUAUGUGGGCGGAAGCAAUGGGGAAGCUUGAGUGCAUGGAUAGUGCGGAUAGGGAGAGGCUUUGGCCUCAACUUGUGCAGGGGUUUAAAGAUCUUUCCCACCGGCUUAAGCUUCAAGAUGAAGUCCUUGUUUCAGAUACUGAAAGAUUGAGCAUGACCCACUCUAAUGUUAAGAAACUGCAAAGGCAUUUCCAAGCUGACACAUAUCCUUGGAUCCAACGGUUGAAGCAGCAAGAGCUGGUUAUUCAGAGACGCCUUUUAAGGUUUGUGAGAAUAGUGGAGGCAUUGGAGAAUCGGGGUUAUCGCAGUCCGUUAACGAAGGAGGAAGCUGACUUAUAUGAAAGAUUGGUUGCUAUAUUAAAGCGGAUAAAAGGGCCUAGUGCCGACCUGUCUAAGAGAGUGAAUACUCUUCUUACAGCAUCAUGUCUUCUGGCUAGCACUGGUGGUGUUGGCGAUCCCGUCUAUAUUCCUAGUUCGGCCAAAGUUGACGAACGGAGUGUUACGGAGCUUCUUGAGGCCUUACAACAACAAACGGAGGCAGUUGCGAAGUUAGGAAAUGUGUUGAAGAGGGAUAUCAGAGACCUGGAAAUCAUGCAAUCAGAAGACAACGAUAUGGCUGAAGACAGCGUUGGGAGAAGGGUAUUGAAGAUGUAAAACUGAAGCAAGGUCUUCGUUUUUGCUACUAAUAAGCAGAACGAGAUCCAUCAUGUACAAGGAUCCGAGCCUCCAAAUGAUUCUGCAUCGGCUAGAUGAACCUCCGGCGUAACGGCAGCAACAAAUUUGAUUCUGCAUUUUUUUGGAAGCUAACCGUGUUCAGUUGGAUGGGUAGAUUGUAUGUCGAACUGAGGUGGUGUUUUUGAAAAUCGUUCUCUUCGCGCUAACUACAUAUUGUGUGUUUUUGUAGUGGAAACUACACCAGCAGCUGAGCUCUUGUAACUUUCACCAUGGCUUGUUGUAAAAUACAUUCUGGAUGCUUACAUGGUUGUAGCAUAUGUUGUUCAUACUUAUAUCUGCUCCUUGA